CACGUUUCUUCUUCAGUACUCUGAGUUUCAAAAACCUACGUGCUUUUUCCAUUGCAGACGCAGUUAAUUUGCAAAAUUGCAGAUGCCAGAUUUCGUCGUGAUUCGUAAUUCUUCCCCGCCAUUGCUUCUGAAGGACGGCUCCUUUAUUUUUCCACUACGCUAGAGUCGGUUAAACACCAUGAACGCAACAUCUCUCUACCUUCGCCAGCUGUACUCAGGUUCGCGGGAGAUAAACUACGGUAAUACGGUGUUGGCGCAGCGCGACAAUGGCCAUUGGUGGCUGGGAUACGUGCAAGACAUUGAGGGUGAUGAUUUCUUUGUGGACUUCGACGCCAGCACCGUCCGCGCCCAAUGGAUCCAUUCCAGCCAUCUGUGGCCUCACCGCUUCUUGAAGAGCCAUCAGGAGGACCUUUCGGUCCAUGUGGCGCUGCGUGAGGAGAACGGCGGACCGAUGGUGUUUCGACCGGGCACCCUGACGGUGGAGGUGUAUGGCAUGUUUUCUAUGGUGCGUCUGGAGAAUCCAGCCGGCUUCCGCAUCGUGCAUCGCUGUCGGAUCAUUGAACGUCUGCCGGUCAAAAACCGUAGUUUCUUCUCCGGUACCGACCGAUUCCGGUACAUCAAACAUGUUAUCCCUUUCGAGGAGGCACACUUGUUGCACAAUGUAGAUUUCCUGCCAUCGUUCCUGACGAAAACGUGCCGAGUGAAAUCCCGAAGAGGGGAUCGGGUGUGUAAAGCUCCUUGUGAAGUGCAGAUGGCCGUUGGGUUGGACUGUUCAACCUUCGAGUGCAAGUGUGGCAGGAUCAGUCCCGUCGAGUUUGACAUCGGUUGUCGGGCAUUUGCAUGCGCGUGGCAGGGGAUACGGUGACGGCAAUUUGUGCGGAAAUCCAGGGUGGCAUCGCUGGGCGAUGGAUAUUCUGGGACGCCGAGGCACUCAUGAAAAGUUGUCGCAUGUAUCUCCGGGCGCAAUUGAUUUGGGGUACAUACAACAGUAGCGUUGGGGGUUGUGGAAUGGGCGUUUUUCAAGAUGAAGAAGAAACGACCAUCAAUAACCUUGUGCCACCGAUCCUGGCGUGCAUUCUACUGAGUCUAGAUGUGAGCACCCAGUUCUGCACGAGCCGAGUGUGCGCGUUAUGGCGGCUCAUUUUGCGCGAAUACAAUGCCAAGCGACACGUCGUCUUUGAUGUCAGCCAAAUCUGCGUCAAACGCCACUGGGAGAAGGCGCUGACCCCCGUUGGAUUCGACUAUCUCAGCAUAUACAAACUGGUGGCCACGCUGGAUAGAAAUAUUACUUCGCAGACGCGGUCUGUGGCGCUGAUCGACGAGGGACGGUAUUAUGAUAACCCGAAUGACUUUUUUCUCAAACUGAUCUUGAUCGACGACAUCCUGACCGCGAAGGGCCUGAAACUGCCGCUGUUCAUCGCCAAGAACGGGUAUGAUUGUGUGCACCGGUCAUGCACUUCAUUUCUGUAUCUGCAGUGGAAUGGCGCGGAGAACUACAGCUGCUGCACGGUAGAGUGGUUGAUGCGUGUGUGCCAGCAUCUGGUGCUGCUCAACUACACAGCGUCGGAUCGGAAAGGCGAUGAGUCGCAUGUUAACAUGUUCCGCACGGCUUUUGAUUCACCGUGGCCCGAAUUCGAUGCAGAGAUUGUGCGCUAUAAAUCCGAUGCCCAGCUGAACGUGGUUAUUCCCGUACUGCGCUUCCGGUCGACGGAAGCGGCCGCCGAACGCCGCCAACGCUUUUUAGCCACUGUGAACAAGCACUGUCCGGUCGUCUCUCAGCAGGUGUAUGAAAAGGUAGCCGCGGCACACGCGCGCUGGGUGGAGACGUUGGUGUAUCCGGAUGAAUGGAGCGACAUUCGCCGAUUUCUCCAGCUGUUCAGUGAUCCUCCAGAGGCACAGCAAUGGGAGGAAGUGGAUUUGAAGGAACUGGACGUUGCUACGCUGAGUAGGUUGGCCCUGCAUCUGCUGGACGGGUAUUACAAAGACUGAAAUGCUAAAUGAGUGUGAGGGUAUUGUCCAUCGACGGUGACCUCGUAUGUCGCGUUUCUUUGUGGUUUGGUUCAGCGUGUACAAAUUGGUGGUCAGUGGUCACGCUGAAUAGGAAUAUUACUCCACAAAGGGUCGCAUUACUGAUUACUUCGGUUCUACUAUCUGCAUUUGUCUGUACAGAAGUUAGUCUUUAUUUACCGGUGCUUUACGUGAUUCGAAACAGUUAGUCGAAUAAAGCAAGCGCAAAGUUU